AACGAAUGUAAAUACUAAAUAACUAAAAGUUAAUAUGAAAUCAACUUCUAUUUUUAUAUUUAAAUGUAUAUAAUAGCGAUUAAUGAGUACACUCUACAUCAUCGAUCAAUUAUCAUUACUUAUUAUUAAAAAUUGAUCGGGUAUUAUUUUGAAUUUUCUGUGACACAAACACUUAACACACGGAUCACGGUAAAGUGAUUUUUUUUUUUUUUAUUUGAAACAAGAGUCAUUUAAAAAACUUUAUAAUCAUCAUCAUUUACUUUCCAACCAAAUAGGAAAUAGCAAUGGGUGAAAAGCGUAAGGUCAUGUUUGUGUGUUUGGGUAAUAUUUGUAGAUCUCCGAUGGCUGAGGCAGUGUUUAAUGAGGUGGCUAUGCAAAAAGGCGUAGCUGAUAAAUGGUAUGCCGAAAGUUCUGGUACCGGAGGAUGGCACGUAGGCUGUUCACCAGAUCAACGAACAAUGACCGUACUGAGAAACAAUGGUAUUAAUUUCAAACAUGCUGCACAACAGUUCAAGUUGGAUGACUUGGAAAAUUUCGAUUUUGUUUUUGGAAUGGAUAAGAGUAACGUGGACUUUAUCAAUCGGAAAAAACCAUCAGACAAUACAAGAGCAAAAAUAUUAAUGUUAGGAUCAUUUGAUCCUGAAGCAAAAAUCACUGGACAAACCAAUAUAGAAGACCCAUAUUAUGAUUCUGAUCUUCGAGGAUUUGAAAAAUGUUUUCAACAAUGUAUGAGGUCAUGUCAAGCAUUUUUAGACCAAUACGAAUAAAAAAAAAAAAUGUAUAACUUUUAUUAAAUAAUAACAAUUAUAAAUAUCAAA